UAACAGAAACAAGGCAUGAGAAGUAGAUCAUCGAGGUUUUCCCUACUAAAGUUAAUGAUAUUUAUCCCGUUGGCUCUGAACAACAUGGGCCCAUCAGCGGCAACAAAUAGUGACAACCAUCGUUGGUUGUUCGGAAGGAUUACCUUAUCCGAUGCAGUAAAAGAAUCGAAAUCAUUUGUUUGUAAAGAGCCACAAUUUCGAGCAUACAAUUUAAAAGACUUGAUGCAAAACGUUCAUCAAAAUCCUGGAGAAAGUGCUAUUCAACCUGUUUACAUCGUCCUAAAGCGUUGUGAUGGACAUUCUGGAUGUUGUACGAGUUCGGACAUGAGCUGUUUACCUAUAGAAUCAGCGAUUUCCUACCAGGAAAUUGAAAUCGAAGUCUGGAGCUUGGAAAAUAAUAAGAGGAGACAAUGGAUUAGAGUAGAACAACAUGGUAAAUGUUCCUGUGAAAUUACUACUAUCAACGAUCGAUAUCAAUUAGAGCAUCAACAGCCUAACAUAACUCUAAUUUGA